AAGAAAAUUGGGGUUAUCACCGCUAGUGCUGGAAAUCACGCGCUAGCAUUAUCGUACCACGGGAGUAGAAUGAACAUUAUGGUGACCGUGGUAAUGCCAACAGUCGCCCCCUACGUCAAAGUCAAUCAAUGCCGACAACAGGGCGCUAAGGUGAUUAUCUGGGGAUCAAAUAUCGCUGAAUCUAUGAUGCAUGCGAUGAAACUGGUGACUUCUGAGGGGUACUGCUACAUCAAUGGGUAUCUUUGUCCUGUCUACUCGAGGUACAACGACAGAGACAUCAUAAUCGGGCAAGGCACUCUUGGAAUUGAAAUCAUGGAGGAUGUCCCCAAUGUCGAUGCUGUGUUGGUCCCCGUGGGGGGAGCAGGAUUAAUCGCGGGAAUUUCCAGCUGUAUUAAGUUCAACAAUCCAAAUGUCCUCAUUUACGUAAUAACAGCCCCUAAAUUAUCAGGGGAUCGAGUCAGUUCAAUGUCCCAGCUUCCACGAAGCAUUGAAGCAUGGAAAGCCAGUCUACUGCGAGCCUAAAUCAACUCUAGCAGAUGGCAGGACUUGCAUAACUGAAUUUAGGUCUGGCAGUACCUACAGUAGGAGAGACGGCCUUUCAAAUCGCCUCUAAAAAUGUAGACAAAAAU